UAUUGGUGGUGAUGGCAGUGAUGAUGGUGGUGGUGAUGGUGGUGGUGACAAUGAGGGCGUGUUGUGAUAUAUAGUGAACAGUAGUGACGAUGAUGACAAUGGUGAUAACAUUUUCAACCAAACAUUAACUACUAUUAAUACUGCUGCUACUGCUGCUACUACCACUACUACUACUACUACUACUACUAUUACUACUUCUACGACUACUACUACUACUACAACUACUACUACUAUUACUUGUACUAUUUUAUGUACAAAGAAGACUGGCAAAUAGCUAACAAAACUAUAAAAACUACUACUACCACCACUACUACUACUACUACUACUACGACUACUACUACUACUACUACUACUACGACUACUACUACUACUACUACUGCUACUACACACUACUAUACAACAACUCUUACCCCUCCUCCUCCCUCUACUAUUACUACUACUACUACUACUACUAUUACUACUACUACUACUACUACUACUACUACCACCGAAACUAAUUCUACUGCAAGAGCGUCGCCCGCACAGUGUUGUCAGCUCCAGCACCAGCAUGAGAUUCCCGCCUAUCUUCCAGAAGGGGCGGCCGAGGACCAUAGACAACGAGGUGAGGUUUCUGCUGCCGCCCACGCCGCAGACCAGGUACCAGACCAAGGUGUUCCAGCAGUCCGUCACUAUCCUCAUUAAGCUCCAGCCCAACACAACACGCGGUGCGGCGGCGGUGGCUGAGCGUGGCGUGGGGGUGGGGCCGUGGCGAGUGUCGGAGGAGCAGCUGCCCGUGUUGGUGGGGUCCAUCACCGGGGCGUCCCUGCUGCUGCUGCUCCUGCUGUCCCUCGUGGUGUACGCCGUCUGUCACCAACACAGACCCACGCACAAGAAUUAUAGCGUGAAGAGCGAGGUGUCCAGUGUGACCUCGGGCAGAACACAGGGGUCGCCGCCCAGCCUCAGCCGAGACUCCCUGGUGGUGGUGACUCACGCCGUCUCAGGAGCCCAGGCGUGUCUGCUGGGCGAGCGUGACCCCUCCCUGCUUGACCUCCCUUACGAGUGCAAUGGCUGCUGCUGUGACCCGCCCUGUGAUCUGACCUGCAACUGCGAGUGUCAAGGAGAUGCUGAUGAUGACGAUGAUGAGGAUGAAGACGAGGAGAAUGAAGAGGAGGACGAUGAUGAUGACGAUGAUGAUGAUGAUGACGAUGAUGAUGAUGAUGAUGAUGAUGAUGAUGAGGAUGAUGAUGAUGAUAGAGAUGAGGAUGAUGAAGAUUAUGAUGAUGAUGAUGAUGAUGAUGAUUGUGGUGAUGGAACACGCAGAAGUUCUUUUUCACGAAGGGAGUCGGCGCCCCGCGAGGAGCAGGUCACCCCGGGGGGUCACAGGGUCAGGCCAGGUCACUAUUCCCCCUCCACCUUCAUGACCUUUGACCUCACUCUGCCGCGCCGCCCCAGGAGAGGCUCCACGGGGCGGCGAGAUUCCAGCAGCAGCAGCACCACCACCAGGCCGGCAGAGGGCGUGGUAGGUCUGCCCGUCUGUCCUGAAGCGAGGCUAGACGAGCAGAGUGCAUCAUCCAGCGCCCUAGAGUCGGUGUGCCCCAGCAGGGACGGAUGUUUGGGGUCUCCAUGCAUUGACGACAGCUUCAGGACACGCUCCCUGCCUGCUUGGGUGCGGGGCAAGACACGUCCCCUGGCAGCCCUCGAUGACCUCACGCCCAUCUGUGAGAAGCCACACUGGAGCAAGAGGAGAAGGAACAGAAUGAGAAGUGACGCCGCUGCUAUCAUUGCCCUCACCAAAUCCCGCGGGCGCCUCCUCUCCCCCGCUCACCCCGCCGCGCCCUCCCCGCCACGCCCGCACGCCGCCCCAGCUCCCUCUGCCGCCGCGGGGGUCACAGCGGGGGCGGGCGGGACAGGGGCAGGCACAGCGUCGGCCCCGCAGCCCACAGACACAGCAGCACUUGUAGAAAACGAAGCUGUGGUUGUGUAUGACGAGAGAACGGCGUUGUAAGGGGGAACUGCUGCUGCUACUGCUGCUGCUACUACUACUGCUACUGCUGCUGUUGCUGCUGCUGCUGCUUCUGCUGCCGCUACUGCUGAUGCUGCUAUUGAAGGUUAAGUGGUGAUGGUGAUGGUGGUGAUGGUGAUGAAUGAUUUUGUGUACGUGACUGGUUCUAUGUACUAUUACUACUACUAUUACUGCUACUACUACUACUACUACUACUAUUACUACUACUACUACUACUACUGUUGUUCUUGUUUUUGUUAGUUUGUGUUUUUGUUGGGUUUUUAAGUAUUUUAUGUUGGUAUUUGUUUCUUCUUGUUCUUGUUCUUGUACUUCUUACUCUUGUUCUUCUUUUUCUUGUUCUCGUUCUUCUUGUUCUUAUUCUUAUUCAUUUAUUUCACUGAGAGAGAGAGAGAGAGAGAGAGAGAGAGAGAGAGAGAGAGAGAGAGAGAGAGAGAGAGAGAGACCUCGCCCACACACUCGGAGCUUACAACACACACACACACACACACACACACACACACACACAGAUUAAAGUCUCAAAAUAACUUUUUUUUCGCAAACUUUUCUCGUCUUACAAAUUUUACUCUUUUUAAAACUUAAUAUUUUGAGAGGAAAGAGGAAUACAUUGAAAGUUUUCUUUAUAUAUAUUUUUAUUUUCGAUUUUGCGAGAGAGAGAGAGAGAGAGAGAGAGAGAGAGAGAGAGAGAGAGAGAGAGAGAGAGAGAGAGAGAGAGAGAGAGAGACCUUCUGCCUUUGUUGAACUCAAGGAGAAAGAAAAAGUUUUAGAAAUAUUCUGAGAUGAGGGAAGAAAUUUUUUCUUUCUUUUCUUUUCUUUUUUCGAGGGAAAGGAAAUAUGCGAACUCUUAUGACGAGAGAGAGAGAGAGAGAGAGAGAGAGAGCGAGCUUGUGCACUCUUUCCUGCCUGUUUGUGUGUGCGUGUGUGUGAGAGAGAGAGCGCUUCGAGUCAGUUUCAAAGCUACGAACUUAAUGAAUCUGAAACACGGAUUCUCUCUCUCUCUCUCUCUCUCUCUCUCUCAAAGAUGGACCAGGCUUGUUUAGGCUGGACACUCCUUCUCUCCCUCCCCUCAUUCCUUCCUUCCUUCCUUUUUCUUUCUUUCUUUCUUUCUUUCUUCCUUCCUCCUCCUCCCUCCAUUAUUCACCCUCCGGCUAGCAUCUAUUAACUCUUCGUCCUCCUCCUCCUCCUCUCUUCUCCCUUGCAGCCUCCCUUGUUUUUUUUAUAUCUUUAUGUUAUCAAGUUCGUCUUCUGUCAGUCUAUCGAUCUAUCUAUCCAUCCAUCUAUCUAUCUAUCUAUGUAUCUAUCUAUUCACAUAUAUAACUCUAGCUAACAAUCAGUCUAUCUAACCACCUAUAAACGCAUCGUCUUUAUCUUCAUCCUUCUUCCUUUUCUUCCUCUUCCAUUCCUUACCAGUCUGAACGCAAAGAUUUCACAAGCUCCCCAUCCUACAAACCUUGGCAAUGACAGUGAAAGGCAGAAAAGGCAGCUUGCUUACUUCAUAGCCUCCCUGGGCCUCCCCAGCUCUCAGUAUAUGUAAGGGAGGGCUGUAAGGAGAGAGAACACUGCCCGGUAUAUCAGUAACGAGCUGUGUUUGAGUGAAGAGUUUGAGGGAAGUGUGUGUAUUCUACGUACGUGUGUGUUUUGAAGGUUCCUGUGCGCGCCGUAUCUGUUUAAUGUCAACAGAAUCAAACACCAAUUUUAAAAGGAAUCACAUAUCUUGAAGUGAUGCGUGUUUAUUUGUUUGUUUGUUUGUUUGUUUGUUUGUUUUUGCGCAAGGAGGAAAGAAAGGAUAAAGAAAACAGUCUUGUCUUUGAGGGGUAGGUCUUGUAAAAAAUGCUGAGAAACACUCAUAAACUUUCCCGCCACCCCAUCCCCACAAAAAAAUAAAAUAAAUAAAAUAAAAUAAUAAAAUAAAAGCAAAAAUAUACUCAAGGAGAAGAAAAUCUGAAAAACACAAACACAUUAAAAAAAAAGGUAAAUAAAUAAAAUAAAAAUAAAAGCGAUGUUAUUUUGUUUUGUUUCGGAGUGGUACAAUUUUCGUUUGAUUUUUAUGUAUUAACACACACACAAACAAAAACUGAGGAACACACAAGAGUACAGAUUUUCUCAUCAUUGUGCGUAUAAAAGAGAGAAAGAAAAAAUAUGUUUAGGCAUAAGUUGUAGAGGUAACGAAACACACACACACACACACACACACACACACGAAUAUCUUUGUAUACUUGAGUAGGUUCGUGUUAGGAUUAUAAUUAAAAGAACGAAAAAAAAAAACUAAGUCUAUUAGUUGUAUUGAAAUCGUUCGUGCUUGUACGGUAGAAAUAAACGAUAAAUUAUAUAUUAACCGAAGAAUCCCAGUGUUAUGAUAGAGUCACGAAGGGCGGCGAUGCUCAUGUGAAUAUCUUUUAAAAGCAUAUAUAUAUAUAAGGUAUUGAAUCCUCUUUAUAUAACCUAGAUAGGGAUUCCUCAUACGUUUUUAUAUAGAGAUCUAAUUUUAAAAGAUGUACUAAUACUACUUAUACUCUACUAUUAUCAUUCUGUACAUAUAGAUGUCUCAUUCUUUUGAUACACUGGAUUUAUAUAAUAUAUGUCAGUUCAGAGUAAAAAAAAAAACGCUAUAUAAGAAAAAACUAUAUAAAAAAAAAUAUACAAAUUUAAUGUCCAUUUUCUAUGAGUCUCUGUGUCUCAGCAAGUGUGUACAUACGAUGCGAUUUCCGAUUUCCUUUGUUCCCGUAUACAAGGCGUUGCAAGCCCCGCCCCUCCCAGACACCAACCAGCUAGCCAGCCAGCUAAUCAGAGCACGUCUAGUUUUGUAGCAUCCAAGUCCAUCAGCCAAUCAGAGUUAAGCUUGCUAUCUACGUCUUGUUUAUUUUUCAUCUUAUAAGUCUGGUACAUUCAACUUAAACUUUGAUACGCUAUUCACUUCAUUUGAGUAAGGUAGCGAAGUCCAUCAGCCAACCAAAAUAAGUUUAUCUUUCAUAUACACUUUGUUGAUCUUCCCUUUGUAUACAUUGCACUAGUUCACUGACUUACUUAAACUCUUAAUGACACCCUAUUCUCUUUAAAUGAAUAAGGUACCCAAGUCCGUCAACCAAUCAGAAUUAAUUUUAUCCUCCACGUCUUGUGUAUCUCGUUUUAUAAACUGCUUCCAUUACUUGCCUCAACCUUUCGACUAACAAUGCCACGCUGUUCACAUCUUUUGAGUAACCCUAGACAACUUACCCAGCCAGUGACGCUAGUAACCUCAUCAUCCUCGCGUUGAUACCAAAAACACGGACAAGAACUUAGAAACUAGUAACUUGGAUCUAAAUUUUUCAUUUAUUAUCGUCUGGCAGUGGUGCAUGGGGCGGAGCUUGUGUCUGCCAGCCAGAGUGCGUGUGACAAGGUUCCCGCGUGAGUCUACUCGUGGUGUAUGUGACAGGCGGCAAGGAAAGGCCGCCCACUAGUAUGUGUUACAGUCGCUAAUACUUAAAAAAAAAAAAUAGAAAUAAAUAAUAUAUAUAUAUAUAUAUAUAUAUAUAUAUAUAUAUAUAUAUAUAUAUAUAUAUAUAUAUAUAUAUAUAUAUAUAUAUAUAUAUAUAUAUAUAUAUAUAUAUAUAUAUAUAUAUAUAUUAUCGUGUAUUGGUAAUUCCUUCCAUUGGUAUCUGUUAAUAAAUUGAAAGCCAUGCCGUGAUGUUCAAAGGAUUGAUCUGUAUUUUUUUUUCUUUUUAGGUGUUCUAUAAAACGUCCGAGAAAAAUGUAUCAGUCACCCUUUAUUUAUAACUCCUUCUAUUGGUAUAUUAAUAAAGUGAAGGCCUUGCCGUGGUACCGAAAGAGUUAAUCAGUAAAAUAUUUGUCUUGCUUUUUUUUUUUUCUUUUCUCUGUGAAGGAAGUGAAGUCAUUAUCGUAUCAAGUGUUUCAGACCAAAAAUAAAUCAGUAUCUGGCUAAGUAAUGCAAAAGAUCUAUAUAUUUAUAAAUCAAUAUCCAUACAUUUAAUGAAAUCUAGAACUAUACCAUAAACUUUCUAUAUCAUGACAUUGCAGUAUAUAUAUAUAUCUAUCUUUUGAAAUUCUUACGUGAAAUAAAGAGAUAUAAAGUAGAAUUAUGUACCGUACAACUUUCUAUAUUAGACAAUACAAGACCUUCCUCCACUGUCACGUAUAGGACCAUAUUAUGAAACACUGCGCCUCACCUCCACCACUUUCAAAGGGGUCUUGUGGAAAUGACAGGUAUUUAAGGCUAUUCUUACGGUCUGAGCUACAGCUGAACGAGAUUUCUACAUUAUCAGCAGGAGAAACACUCCUGAGAACCCGGGUAAUCAUCUUUGUGGCCUUUGAAAAUAGUUGUGAUGGAGCGAAGUGUUUCAGACUUCGGGCCGUAGCACUAUUAAUAAAUACCAAAAUCUAUCGUUCACAGAUUUCUAAAUAAUAAUGAUAACAGAGAUAAAAGAGUAAUAAUAAUGUAAAGUAAAUUAAAUUAAUCUAACGAGAUCAAUUUUUGUAACACGCGAGUAGAAAUUAAUUUGACUUUCUUUUCUUAUUUUAUAUAUGAAUGUAAAAAAAAAAUGGAUUGGUAAAUCAUUAUUAUUGUCAUAAGUCCGUAAAUGUAUACAGGAGUGAGUGAAUGAAUGAAUGACCGAAUGAAUACUAGCGUAAGUCAGAAGUGAGCGAGUGAGUGUGAAUUGUGAGUCAGUAUGUGAGUGAGUGAGAAAGUGACGGUCAAGAGUGAGUGAAUGAGAUAGUUAAAACGGAGUGAGUGAGCGAGGAUGUAGAAAUAUUUGAGAAUGAAAGUAAACGUCAGAGAGAGAGAGAGAGAGACAUAACCAGUGCCUUGAGAGAGAGAGAGAGAGAGAGAGAGAGAGAGAGAGAGAGAGAGUGCAUCAUCACCCUGUAACUUGGCCGCGAUCACUCAACUCGAAACAUUUCCUGAGAUGAGAGACAGCGAGCAUCCUUCCCCCUGUCCUCCCUGCUCCCCUGUCCUCCUGUUCCCAACCCUCAGCCUGUGCUUGUUUUUGUAUUGCUCCCAGACUCUAUGUGGUGGAUGGAUGUCUUCAAUAAAAUGGCGGUUUCGC